AUGAGCGAGAUCGAGCUCUCGGUAGCCCCGCCGGAGAAUGUUGUGGACAUCUUCCGCAACUCGGUGGAAAUUUCCGGCUGGCCCAUCGAAAAAUGGACCGAAGAGCAGCAUUCCAAAGCCGUCGAAGAUUACUGUAAAGGAGAAGAGCCGCUGAUGCUCAUUUUCCUCGACAAAGAUGAAGAGAUUCAAAUGCUCAAUCGGGUUCCACCAAACUUUGACAGCCGCGAGUUCAUUUACAUGAUCAAAAAGCCAGAAACAGAGGUGACGUUUGAAAACUUCUACACGGAGGUUCAGACCGGAUCUAUUGUCGGCCAAUCUGCCGUUGAAUCACUUCUCAGAUUAAUGCAUGGUGUCUACGCACCGAUUUUCUUGGAAACAACAUCUCUGCCAGAAACGAUAUCAAACGAUUUCAGCGCUAGAAUGCACCGAUUCUUGGCCAGUCUUACCGAUGUCAGACAUAAAAUGGAUGGAAAGACAGUCUUAUACAUUCCGGAAGAAAAGAAAUGCCCAGCUGAUUAUAACGAAGCAAUCAAAGACAAGGAACUUGUUGGAAGACUGGAAGCCACGAUGAUUCAGUGGACUCGACAGAUCAAGGAAGUCCUUAGUGCGCAAGAAGCAGUAGAAACUAACGAAAACGCCGGUCCUCUGGACGAAAUCGAGUUUUGGAAUAACCGCUGCAAAGAUUUAUCCGGACUCUCGAAGCAACUUGAUUUGGAGGGCGUGAAACGAGUCCAGAAGAUUUUGUCCGUGGCGAAAUUGAGUUACGUCAAUCAAUUCGAUAAAUUAUCGAAACUUAUUCAAGAUGGCUCCGCGCAAGCUCAGUCUAACUUGAAAUUCCUGAUGUUGCUCAAAGAGCCCUGCACAAAACUUGGAAUCAGUCACCCAAAAGAUGUUCCCGCUCAACUUACGACAAUAAUCCGAAUGAUCCGUAUCAUCUGGACGAAUUCGCCGCACUACAACACCCGUGAGCGGCUCACCUCCCUCUUCAGAAAACUCAGUAACGAAAUUAUCCGCAUCUGCUGCAAGAGCAUCAGUUUGGAUGCGAUUUUCGACGGGCGAGUCAAGUCAUCCAUUCGCAAUUUGAUCGAAUGCAUCGAAUGCUGCAACAAGUGGAAGAGAAUCUAUCGAAAAACCGCGCUUAGUCAGCACAAGUACUCCAGUCAGGGAUGGGUUCUAGAUCAGUCUUCGAUUUUCGCGCAAAUCGACGCUUUUGUCCAGCGAUGCAAGGAUUUGAUCGAAGUCUGCAACUGUCAGAUUCAUUUUGCUCGAUGGGAAGACGGCGAAAAGACACGAAUGCCUGUUCUUGGUGGCCAGCGAGGCCCAGAAGUCACAAGAUCCCUGUUAGAAAUUGAAGAAACUUUCCGAAAGAAUCUUCACAACUUGAUGAAAGCAGAAAACGCCAUUCUCGACGUCAAGAACACCUCCUGGCACGAAGUUUUCACGCGUUUCCGAACUGCCGUAAAAGAGUUGGAAGUCAUGGUCCAGAAUUUGAUCACCUCCGCGUUCGAUACAGUGAAGUCGGUGGACGAUGGAGUUAUGCUGCUCAAGGUUUUUGGACACUUCAAAAGUCGAGAGGCGAUUAAACGUACGAUUGAUAAGAAAACCGUAGAUGUAAUGCUCAUUCUCAGCGAAGAACUGAAUGCUGUCAAGAAAGAGCUCUGGUCGAAGCGCUCAAGCAAGGCGUUUUACGAUUUGCCUCAGCACGCUGGCCAAGCUUAUCAAGCUCGCCUCCUUCGCCGCAGAAUCGAUAGAUCAUUCAAAGUCAUUGACGAUGCGAGAUGGUUGGUCAAAACUGGCUCUGGCGAAGAAAUCAAGGCGAGCUAUAACCAGCUAACGACUGCGCUAGAUGAAUUUAUCCGUAAAGUCUUCAACGAGUGGGCAAUUACGGUCGAUCGUGAUUCGUACAAAAAACUUGAGAGUCCACUGAUGGCGCGAUCAGAGCUGCAGAAAAAUCUCCUUGACAUGAAUUUCGACCCGUACUUGCUGAAAUUGUUCUCGGAGAUUCAGUUCUGGGAGAUUUUGAUGUUCGAAAUUCCCCACUACGCGGCUGAUGUUUACCAGAGAAGAGACGAGUUGAGAAGCUUAAGAGAAAAUGUACUCCUCGUUGUUCGCGAUUAUAAUAGAAUCAUCCAGGAUCUCGACGAAGACGAAAUCGGCCUCUUCAAAGAACGAAUCAAAGUACUCGACAAAAAGGUCCAACCAGGUCUGAGCAAGCUCAACUGGUCCAACGGAACUGGAUCAGAGUACUACAUUACCGAUUGCCGAGCACACGCAUCGAAAGUUAUGCAGAUCGUCACUGGCUACAAGAGCGGAAAUCAACAAAUCGCCAAAAAGUGUCGAGCCAUUUCUGAAGACCUUCUCGUCAAAAUCAACAACAAAGAGGUUUACGAAGAACUGGACUUUUACGAAGACCAGCUCGAUCAUAAAGAUGAAGUCAGUAAGCGGCUGCAGUUCUAUUAUUCGGAUAUUGUGAACGAGAUGAGCAACCAGUACAACAUGUUCAAGCGGGACUGGACCGGCAACGCCGAUGUUUACAGGCACUGGGUCAAAUACACGGAAAGAAUCGACCAGUACAUGGAAGAUGCUUACAGAAUCAACGUUAAAUACAGUCUUCACGAGAUCUUCAAGGCGAUCAACGGCGACGGAAAAUCAGCACCGAAUCCUCUCUUCAGAAUCAACGUUAUUCUCGAAGAAAAGAAACCUGAUCCAACCAAAAAGCGCCAUAAGAACAAAAACUUUUACGAAGUACAGUUCUCCCCUCGCCUCGAAAAGCUUCAGGAUGUGAUCAGCACGACGAUGUAUAAACUGACCUCAGCUUUCCGUGGAAUCCGUAGAUUGCCCCAAAUCUUGACGAAAAAUGCACCGCAAACUCGAUCGAUCGCGGAAGUUAUUGACGAUGACGAGGAGACGAAAAAAGUGCGAAAGCUUAUUUUGGAAGGCAUCGAGCGAAACAACGAUCAAGUCAAGGAAUGGUCAACAAUGUGGAAUCAAAACUACAUGGAAUUCUGGAGCAUCAACAAAGAUGCUUUCAUCGAGAAAUACGAUACGAUGAACAAGGACAUUUCAUCAUUUGACGCUGAUCUUGCUCGAUACCCUGAAACUCAGAACAAUGUCCAGAAAGAAGAAGCGAUCGUUAUGAUUAACUUCGUGCUUCUCGAUUCCAAUCCAAUCAAGUUGUCCAUCUCGCGCCAUUGUCAAGAAUGGCUGGAUAAGUUUACGGGUCUUCUCUCCCGCCGCGCUACAAAGCGACUUACUUCUAUCAUGAACUUCAUGGAAGAAAACGGUGCCGCUGUCACUACUCCACCAGAAGAUUUGGAUCAACUGUCUGACAGAAUUGAACUCUGGGAAGAUCUCAAGGCGUCUCUAGAAGAGAAGAACCGCGAAUUGCCCGUCAUCCGGGAGCAUUUCCUGAUUUUGGAAAAGUAUGAAGUCACAGUACCAACAGAAACACUUGACUUGCUCGACACGAUGCAAGAUGGAUACAAUAAAUACGCGGCUUCUGUUAACGAAGCGGAGGAAAUGAUCAAAAAAUCAAAGGAUAAGUUCAAGAGCAACUUGCUCUCCAAUGCCGACGAAUUCAAAAAGACCGUGGCGAAUACGCGCGACGAGUACAUCCGAGAAGGACCGUUUGGGGCCAAUAUCGCUCCAACUGACGCGCUUGCAGCUAUCGCUCAGUACUUCGAAAACUGCGCUACCCUUCGCAAGAAAGAAAAAUCCAUUCGAAGAGGUCUUUCGAUCUUCAAAAUCGACCAAAGUGAGAAUAAAGAGCUCACUGAACUCGAAGAAGAGCUUCAACUCCUUGAAACGAUCUGGAAAAUUGCUGAGAACUGGGAUACUCUUUGGAACGAAUGGAAAGUCACGAAGUUUGCUGAUAUCGUCCCCGAUACUCUCGAGCAAAAAGCCGCUGUUUGCUUCAAAGACAUUUCAAAGCGACAGCGGGAAGCUAAAGAUAAGGACAACUGGACUAUCGUCAAGUCAACAAAAGACACAAUCGUCCGAUUCCAGCGAACGAUGCCUCUCGUCACUGAUCUCAAAAAUCCGGCCAUGCGCGAUCGACAUUGGCUUGAAAUCAAGGAAGACAUUGGUACACCCUUUGACCACGAAACCGACGACUUUACUCUCGACAAGAUCAUCGAGCUCAAACUCGAUCAACACGUCGAUAAAGUCUCGGAAGUCUCAGGCGCUGCUUCCAAAGAAUUGGCAAUCGAGCAAGCUUUGGCUGAUCUCGAAACUGCUUGGUCAACCAUUGAGCUGGAAGUUGGUCCCUACAAAGAUCGCGGACACUUUAUUCUCAAAGCACCUGAUGAGAUUUUCACUCAGCUAGAAGACAACCAAGUUACUCUUGCGACAAUGAAAGCCUCUCGAUUCGUCAAAGCAUUCGAAAAGACUGUUGAUUACUGGGAACGAGCUCUGUCUCACAUUAUGGAAACGAUCGAAAUGAUCCUUCAAGUCCAGCGACAGUGGAUGUACUUGGAAAACAUCUUUCUUGGCGAAGAUAUUCGAAAGCAGCUGCCAAAGGAAUCCGCUGAAUUCGACAUAAUUAAUGUUGAUUGGAAGACGCUUAUGACCACUCUAAAUGGCGAUAAGAACGCUCGACGGGGAACGCACAAAGAAGGACUUCUGGAAAAACUCACGGCGAUGAAUACAAAACUUGAGGAAAUUCAGAAAUCACUUGACAUGUAUCUUGAAACAAAACGACAGAUCUUCCCACGAUUCUACUUCUUGUCCAAUGACGAUCUUUUGGAGAUUCUGGGUCAGUCUAAGAAUCCACCAGCGGUUCAGCCUCAUAUGAACAAGUGCUUUGAUAACAUCAAGGCCCUCCAAAUGAAACCAGUCGCCGGAGCGAUCAACAAACUCGAGGCUGUUGGCAUGGAAUCUUCCGAAGGAGAAAUUGUGCCGUUCGGAUCACCCGUACUUCUCGAAGGCCCAGUCGAAGCCUGGCUUUGCGAUGUUGAGAGAACUAUGCGAUGGACUCUUCGAGAAAUUCUCAAGAACUGCAAGAUUUCUUUGAAGAAAAUGAUUACAAAGCGAGAAAAAUGGGUGAAAGAAUGGCCUGGUCAAAUGACAAUCACAGCAUCUCAGAUGCAGUGGACAACUUCUGUCGAAAAAGGUCUCAUGCAAGCUAAAGAACGCCAGGACAAAAAACCAAUGAAAUCAGUGAAGAAAAAACAAAUCGCCUUCCUCAAAAAAUACGUCGAGUCUGUUCGAGGUUCUUUGAACAAGAAUCAGCGAGCUAAGAUCGUUGCCCUGGUCACGAUCGAAGUGCACGCUCGGGAUGUCAUUGAACUUCUCAUCAAAAAGGGCGAUUUCGAUGAAAACUCCUUCGCUUGGCUCCAGCAACUUCGUCUUUACUGGGACAGAAAGAUCGAUGAUUGCAUCGUUCGACAGACCAACACUCAGUUCCAGUACGGCUACGAAUACCUCGGCAACUCUGGUCGACUUGCUAUCACUCCACUUACUGAUCGAUGUUACAUCACACUUACAACUGCGCUUCAUCUUCAUCGAGGUGGAUCGCCAAAAGGUCCUGCCGGUACUGGUAAAACUGAAACCACAAAGGAUCUUGGAAAAGCACUUGGAAUGUACGUCAUCGUCAUUAACUGUUCCGAAGGUCUCGAUUUCAAGAGCAUGGGUCGAAUGUACUCAGGUCUUUCGCAAACUGGCGCCUGGGGAUGCUUCGAUGAGUUUAAUCGAAUCAACAUUGAAGUCCUGUCUGUCGUUGCGCAGCAGAUUCUCUCCAUUCUAUCAGCUCUCUCUGCUGGCCAGAAACGAUUUAUUUUCGAAGGUCGGGAGAUCAACUUGGUCUGGUCUUGUGGUAUCUUCAUCACUAUGAACCCCGGUUAUGCUGGCCGAACUGAAUUGCCAGACAAUCUCAAGUCAAUGUUCCGACCUAUUUCCAUGGUUGUUCCUGAUACUGCUUUGAUCGCGGAUAUUAUUCUCACUGGAGAAGGUUUUGACAACGCUCGAGGUCUUGCUAAGAAGGUCGAUGUCCUCUACUCCUUGGCCGUCAAACAGCUUUCGAAACAAGAUCACUACGAUUUCGGUUUGCGUUCUAUGGCCGCUCUUCUUCGGUACGCUGGUAAAAAGAAACGAGCGAAUCCAAAGAUGAACGACGAUGAAGUCCUCCUUCUCGCUAUGAGAGACAUGAACGUAGCAAAACUCACCUCCACAGAUUUGCCACUUUUCAAUGCAAUCACAAACGAUCUCUUCCCCGGUGUCGAUUUACCAACACUCGACUAUGGCCAGUUCAAGGUCCAGAUCGAGGAAGAGCUCAAAAAGAUGAACAUGCAGGUUUCUGCGAAUGCCGUUGGCAAGGUCAUCCAGCUUUACGAAACGAAGAAUUCUCGUCACUCGACUAUGAUUGUCGGUGCCACUCAAUCUGGAAAGACAACGACUUGGAAAUGCUUGCAAAACGCGCUGAGUUCCAUGUCGAAAACUGGAGCAGAAGGUUUCGAGAAUGUUAUCGAGUACCCUAUCAAUCCCAAAUCUCUGUCCUUGGGUGAGCUCUAUGGUGAAUUUGACUUGGCUACAAAUGAAUGGGCUGAUGGUGUCCUCUCCGCGCUCAUGCGAAAAGCGUGUUCUGAUGAUCGACCUGAUCAAAAAUGGCUGAUCUUUGACGGUCCAGUCGACACACUUUGGAUUGAAUCUAUGAACUCUGUCAUGGACGACAAUAAAGUCCUCACGCUGAUUAAUGGUGAACGUAUCUCGAUGCCCGAGCAAGUUUCUCUUCUCUUCGAAUUAUCCUCUCUCGCUGUUGCCUCUCCAGCUACAGUUUCUCGAUGUGGUAUGGUUUACUUUGAUAGCGCCGACUUGGGAUACGAACCUUUCUUGAAAUCCUGGCUGAGCACAAAACCAAAAGAGUUCCAGCCGAUUCUAGCGGAUCUUUGCACAAAAUACAUUGGCCCUCUUCUCGAAUUCAAGCACCGAAACUGCAAGGAACUCGUCAAAGUGAACGAAGUCAACUCUAUUCAAUCCCUGACUCGUCUUUUCGACACUUUUGCCAACCAAGAAAAUGGCGUCGACGUCAACGAUGCUGAGAACUUCCCUACGAUGCUUCAGUAUUGGUUCGUUUUCUCACUUAUUUGGUCAGUAGCUGCUGGUUUGACAGAAGAAAGUCGAAAGCAAGUGGACACUUUCCUCCGAGAAUUGGAUGGAACCUUCCCGAACAAAGACUCAAUCUACGAAUACUGGGUUGAUGGAAAACAGUACACUUGGCAGAACUUUGAAGAAAAGCUUGAAAAAUCAUGGCGAUACUCUUCCUCUGCUCCUUUCUAUAAGAUCAUUGUUCCAACUGUCGAUACUGUUCGAUAUAAUCUGAUUGUCUCAAGUCUCCUAAAGAAUAAGAACCCUGUUCUCCUCACUGGCCCAGUUGGUACAGGAAAAACGUCGAUUGCAGAAACCGUCCUCGACAGUGUUUCCGCCGAUUUCAAUCAAUUGACGAUCAACAUGUCCGCCCAGACAACAUCCAACAAUGUCCAAGACAUCAUUGAAGCCAAGGUUGAAAAGCGAACUAAAGGCGUUUACGUCCCAGUUGGCGUUUCUGGUACGAUCGAGAGAAGCAAGUUCAGCGAGAAAUUCGAGGAAUGUUCAUUCUCGGCGCUAUGGGACCCCGGUGGUGGAAGAUCAGAAAUUUCCGACCGUACCCAGAGUCGAUUCAACCUCAUCAACAUGACCUUUCCAUCUGAUGAGCAGAUCACCCGAAUCUUCGGAACGAUGAUUAAUCAAAAACUCCAAAGCUUCGACGAAUCCGUCAAGCCGAUCGGACUCACCAUCACGAAGGCUACCUUGGAAGUUUACCAAUCUGUCAUCGAGCGAUUCCUUCCAACGCCAGCAAAAAUCCACUAUCUUUUCAACUUGCGAGAUAUCUCCAAAGUCUUCCAAGGUCUUCUUCGAGCGAACAAAGACUACCACGACACGAGUACAGCUAUGAUCCGUCUCUGGAUCCAUGAGAUCUACCGUGUUUUCUCCGAUCGUCUCAAUAACGAAAAAGAUUCCGAAGCGUUCCAUCAACUUGUCAACACAAAGCUUGGUUCUCUCUUCGACACGACUUUCCAUGCCAUCUGUCCGAGCAAGACGGUGCCCGUUUUCUGUGAUUUCAUGAAUCCGAACGGCGUUUUUGAAGAUUUUGAAGAAAUUUCAAAGCUGAAAGCGUACAUGGAAGAACAACUCGAGGAUUACAAUUUAUCUCCCGGCGUCGUCUCUAUGGACAUCGUUCUUUUCCGCGAUGCGAUUGAGCAUGUCUGCAGAAUAAUUCGAGUUAUCCGCCAACCAAGAGGAAACAUGUUCCUCGUCGGUAUUGGUGGUUCCGGUCGACAAUCUCUCGCUCGUCUAGCCGCCUACAUCUGUGAAUUCAAAACUUUCCAGAUCGAAGUGUCUAAACAUUACCGAUCAAAUGAGUUCCACGAAGAUCUCAAGCGUCUUUACUUCCAAGCUGGUGUUGAGAAUAAGCCAACCUGUUUCCUUUUCACCGACACUCAAGUCGUUGAGGAAAGCUUCAUGGAAGACAUCAACAACAUUCUCUCGUCGGGCCAAGUUCCAAAUCUCUACCGACCUGAAGAUAUGGAGGAAGUAGUUGGCGCCCUAGGCCCUGAGGCGAAGAAAGCUGGAAUUCCGGAAACUUCGCAGGAGAUUUUCAAGUUCUUCAUCGAACGAGUCAGAAACAACCUGCAUGUCAUUCUUUGCGCUUCGCCGAUCGGUGAUGCUUUCCGAAAUCGAAUCCGACAGUAUCCAGCAUUCGUGAACUGCACAACGAUUGACUGGUUCACUGAAUGGCCUAAAGAUGCUCUUUUGGAAGUCGCCGAGCGAUAUCUUGAAGGAGUUGAUCUUGGUGGCGAUGAGAUUCGAAAAGAAGCAGCAAUUAUGUUUAUGAUUAUGCACAAAUCCGUUUCAAAUGCAUCAAAAAGAAUGCUGGAAGAACUAAAGCGUCAUAAUUAUGUGACACCAACCAACUAUCUCGAGUUGGUCAGCGGAUACAAAGUUCUACUUGCUGAAAAACGUGAAGAAAUCGGCUCCCAAGUCAAGAAGCUCAGAAAUGGUCUGUUCAAAAUUGACGACACACGUGACAAGGUCGAGAAAAUGUCUGCAGAGCUUGAAAUCGCGAAAGUAAAAGUCGCUGAAUUCAAGAAGCAGUGUGAGGAGUAUCUCGUCACCUUGGUCCAGCAAAAGAAAUCAGCUGACGAGCAGCAAAAACAGGUUUCCGCAACGCGAGAAAAAAUUUCUCAAGAGGAAAUAAAAUGUAAAGCAAUUGCAGACAACGCCCAGCGAGAUUUGGACGAAGCCACGCCAGCUCUAGAAGCCGCCGUCAAAGCCCUCGAAAGUUUGAACAAAAAGGAUAUCACUGAAAUCAAAUCAUACAGUAAGCCGCCACCACUGGUCGAUACCGUCCUUCAGGCUGUCAUGAUUCUCCGACAAGCUGAGCCCAGCUGGGCCGAAGCUAAACGUCAUCUGGGUCAAGGUGAUUUUAUUCAGCAACUGAUCAACUUCGACAAGGACAACAUGAGUGACAAAACUCUCAAAAAAAUCGGCCAAUACUGCGCCAACUCCGAAUUCCAACCGGACAUCGUCGGUAAAGUCUCUAGCGCCGCCAAAUCUCUCUGUAUGUGGGUCCGUGCCAUGGAAGUCUAUGGUCGAAUCUUCCGAGUCAUCGAGCCAAAGCGAAAGAGACUCAACGAGGCUACAACUCUUUUAGCUGAGAAACAAGCCAUUCUUGCUGAUGCCGAGGCUAAACUCCAGGCCGUCAAUGACUUGAUGGACAAUCUCAAAAAGCAAUACGAAGAAAAACUCGCCGAAAAGAUGCGACUCGAGAAAGAAGCAAAACUCACCGAGGAGAAACUCCACCGAGCUGGUAUGCUUGUCGAUGGUCUUGCUGGCGAAAAGGUUCGAUGGACUGCAUCCGCAGAAAGAUUGGAGGAAUCUAUUGCUUAUCUUCCUGGUGAUUGCCUCAUCGCGGCUGCUUUCUUGUCUUACAUGGGUCCGUUCCUGUCGAAUUACAGAGACGAGAUGGUCGAGCAGAUCUGGAUCAAACAGAUCAAAGAACGAAACAUCCCUUGCUCACCAAAGUUCUCUUUCGCUAAUUUCCUCUCGAAGCCAACCACUGUCCGAGACUGGAAUCUCAAUGGUCUUCCAUCCGACGCUUUCAGUACCGAAAACGGUGUCAUCGUGACAACUGGUAAACGAUGGCCUCUCAUGGUUGAUCCUCAAGGUCAAGCCAUCAAGUGGGUCAAGAAUAUGGAAACGAAGAAGGGUCUGAAAAUCAUCGAUUUGCAGCAAAGCGAUUUCUUGCGAACUCUUGAAAACGCAAUUCAAUUCGGUACUCCUGUUCUUCUGCAAAAUAUUCAAGAAACGCUUGAUCCUUCUCUCAGCCCUGUUCUCGGAAAAGCCUAUUCCAAGCAAGGUGGUCGACUGGUACUCAAACUCGGUGACAAAGAAAUCGAGUGGAAUCCUGAUUUCCGAUUUUACAUCACUACGAAAUUGUCGAACCCUCACUAUCCUCCCGAGAUUUCAACUAAAGUCAGCAUCAUCAACUUUGCUGUCAAGGAGCAAGGUUUAGAAUCUCAGCUUCUUGGUGCUGUUGUCCGAAAAGAACGUCCCGAUCUGGAAGAGCAAAAGGACUCGCUCGUUGUCAACAUUGCUCAUGGAAAACAAAAACUUCAAGAUCUUGAAGACGAAAUUCUCCGACUCCUUAACAACGCUCAAGGUUCUCUUCUUGAUGACGUCCAACUGGUCGAUACUCUUCAAGAGUCGAAAGUUACGUCCAAUGAAGUCACCCAGCAGCUCGAAGAUGCGGAAGCGACUGAGAUUAAAAUUGAUGCUGCUCGAGAAGGCUAUCGCCCAAGUGCCAAGAGAGCCUCUAUCCUCUUCUUUGUUCUCAACGAUAUGUCCUCCAUCGAUCCUAUGUACCAGUUUUCUUUGGAUGCCUACAUCAAUCUCUUCAACUUAUCCAUCGACAAGUCGCCAAAAUCACCGAAAGUGGAAAACAGAAUCAACAAUUUGAACGAGUACCAUACCUACGCGGUCUACAGAUACACCUGUCGAGGUCUUUUCGAAAAACACAAAAUGCUGUUCUCAUUCCAAAUGUGCGCGAAGAUCAUGGAAGCCGCCGGAAAACUCAACAUGGAAGAAUACAACUUCUUCCUUCGAGGCGGUAUCGUCCUCGAUCGAGAGGGACAAAUGGACAAUCCUUGUGCUUCCUGGCUCCCAGAACAGCAGUGGGAUAACAUCACAGAACUCGAAAAACUGACGAACUUCCACGGAAUUAUGCCGUCAUUCGAGCAUUACCCACGUGACUGGAAGACUUGGUAUGUAAGCGCAACACCAGAGACCAUCGAAAUUCCUGGUGAAUGGGACGCUCAGUGUAACGAGCUACAGAAAAUGAUCAUUGUUAGAUCACUUCGACCCGAUCGAGUCAGUUUCUGUGCCAUGAGCUUCAUCAUCAACAAUCUAGGAGCGAAAUUCGUGGAGCCGCCUGUACUUGAUAUGAAGGCUGUUCUUGCUGAUUCAAGCGCGAAGACACCUUUGAUUUUUGUCCUUUCUCCAGGAGUCGAUCCAACUACUUCUCUUCUGUCCCUCGCUGAGAACUCUGGAAUGUCGAACAGAUUCCACGCGCUUUCACUGGGUCAAGGUCAGGCGCCUAUUGCCACCAGAAUGAUCAAAGAAGGCGUCAAAGAAGGUAACUGGGUCUACUUGGCUAACUGUCAUUUGUCCCUCUCCUGGAUGCCUUCCAUGGACAAGCUUAUCGAGCAGAUCAUUGACGGAGACCCUCACCCUGAUUUCCGGCUUUGGCUCUCUUCGUCGCCGAAUAAAGAAUUCCCCAUCGCCGUUCUUCAGAGUGGUAUCAAGAUGACUACUGAGCCUCCAAAGGGUCUCAAGGCGAACAUGAAGCGAUUGUAUCAAAACAUCUCUCCGACUCAAUUCGAGCGAUGCCAGGCUCAAUCCAAGUACAAAAAGCUUCUCUUCGCUCUUUGCUUCUUCCACUCUGUUCUUCUAGAGAGAAAGAAGUUCCUCAUGUUGGGUUGGAACAUCAUCUACGGAUUCAACGAUUCUGACUUUGAAGUCUCCGAAAAUCUCUUAUCUAUCUACCUGGAUGAGUACGAUAACACUCCAUGGGACGCUUUGAAAUAUUUGAUCGCUGAUGUCAACUACGGUGGUCACGUUACGGACGAUUGGGAUCGAAGACUCAUGCAGAGCUACAUCUAUGACUAUUUCACAGAUGCUGCGAUCGAAAAAGACUACUUCAAGCUGUCCGCUCUCGACAAAUACGUCAUCCCCAAAGAUGGCCCAUUGAACACCUACAUCGAGUACAUCAACAUGCUCCCUAACACCGACCACCCUGAAGCUUUCGGCCAGCAUCCUAAUGCAGAUAUUGCCUCUCAAAUUACUGAAGCAAGAACCUUGUUCGAAACCCUCAUUUCUCUUCAGCCUAAGGUCGCAGCUGCCGCUGGAGGUCAAUCACGAGAAGAUAAGGUGAUGGAAUUGGCGAACAACGUUCUCAAUCAGCUUCCGGAAAUGAUCGACUACGAGGGAACGCAGAAGAUUCUCAAGGACGAUCCAUCUCCUUUGAACGUCGUUUUGUUGCAAGAAAUCCAGCGAUACAACAGCUUGCUGGGAAUCAUUAAAUCUUCGCUCAGGGAUCUAAACAAUGCGAUCAAGGGUUUGGUGGUGAUGAGCUCUGAGCUCGAAGAAGCAUUCACUUGCAUUUACGAAACGAGAGUUCCGCCCAUGUGGGAGUUUGCUUACUCUUCGAAGAAACCCCUCGCCGCGUGGACCCGUGACCUUGUUCAAAGAAUCGAGCAAUUCGCCAAGUGGGCCGAGUCCGCUAAGCAGCCGCACAUCUUCUGGCUGUCUGGUUUCACCUUCCCGACUGGAUUCCUCACAGCUGUUCUUCAAUACAGCGCCCGUCAGAGUGCUAUUCCCGUAGACUCACUCUCCUGGGAAUUCACCGUCUUCAACGUCGACGAGUCGAACAUUGUAAAUCCACCAGCUGACGGUGUUUACGUGAAGGGUCUCUACCUGGAAGGAGCAGGCUGGGACAUGAAGGGUGCACAACUCAUCGAAGCCGCUCCCAUGCAACUCACGACUCCAGUGCCAGUCAUUCACUUCAAACCAACAGAGGCAAAGAAGAAAUCGGCGAAGGGAAUGUUUGCUUGCCCGACUUUCUACUAUCCUGUCAGAUCGACAAGCUUUGUUGUUGCUGUUGAUCUCAAAGCAGGAGAACACACAUCCGAUCACUGGGUCAAGCGAGGAACCGCCCUUCUCAUGUCACUCGACCACUAA